AUGACCCGACUCUGGCCGGCGCCGCGCCGACUGCUCUGGGAAUACUGGGCUGCGGUCCUGCUCGGCGGCCUCUGGGGCCCCUGCUCGCAUGGGAUGCCGCAUGUCAUCCGCAUCGGAGGCAUCUUCGAGUACGCGGAUGGCCCCAACGCGCAGCUCAUGAGCGCUGAGGAGCAAGCGUUCCGGUUCUCCGCCAACAUCAUCAACAGGAACAGGACGCUGCUGCCCAACACCACGCUCACCUACGACAUCCAGAGGAUUCACUUCCAUGACAGCUUCGAGGCCACCAAGAAAGCCUGCGACCAGCUGGCACUCGGCGUCGUCGCCAUCUUCGGGCCCUCGCAGGGCUCCUGCACCAACGCCGUCCAGUCCAUCUGCAACGCGCUGGAGGUGCCCCACAUCCAGCUGCGAUGGAAGCACCACCCCCUGGAUAAUAAGGACACCUUCUACGUGAACCUGUACCCCGACUACGCCUCGCUGAGCCACGCCAUCCUGGACCUGGUGCAGUAUCUCAAAUGGCGGUCGGCCACCGUGGUUUACGACGACAGCACAGGCCUCAUCCGGCUGCAGGAGCUCAUCAUGGCCCCGUCUCGCUACAACAUCCGCCUGAAGAUCCGCCAGCUCCCGCUGGACUCGGACGACGCACGGCCGCUGCUCAAGGAGAUGAAGCGGGGCCGCGAGUUCCGCAUCAUCUUCGACUGCAGCCACGUGAUGGCGGCUCAGAUCCUCAAGCAGGCCAUGGCGAUGGGGAUGAUGACCGAGUACUACCACUUCAUCUUCACCACGCUGGAUCUUUAUGCAUUAGACCUAGAGCCAUACCGCUACUCCGGAGUGAACCUGACCGGCUUCCGCAUCCUCAACGUGGAGAACCCGCACGUGGCCUCCAUCGUGGAGAAGUGGUCCAUGGAGCGGCUCCAGGCAGCACCCAAGGCGGAGCUGGGCCUGCUGGACGGCGUCAUGAUGACAGAUGCUGCCCUGCUCUACGAUGCCGUUCACAUCGUCUCCGUGUGCUACCAGCGCGCCCCGCAGAUGACCGUCAACUCCCUGCAGUGCCACCGGCACAAAGCCUGGAGGUUCGGCGGCCGCUUCAUGAACUUCAUAAAGGAGGCCCAGUGGGAAGGGCUGACAGGAAGGAUCGUCUUCAACAAAACCAGCGGUUUGCGCACGGACUUUGACCUGGACAUCGUCAGCCUCAAAGAAGAUGGGCUGGAAAAGGUCGGAGUGUGGAGCCCAUCAGAUGGCUUGAACAUCACGGAAAUUUCCAAGGGACGAGGGCCUAACGUCACCGACUCGCUGAGCAACCGAUCCCUGAUCGUCACCACUGUCCUGGAGGAGCCCUUCGUCAUGUUCCGCAAGUCGGACACGGCCCUGUUCGGCAACGACCGCUUCGAGGGCUACUGCAUCGACCUGCUCAAGGAGCUGGCCAUCAUCUUGGGCUUCAGCUACGAGAUCCGCCUCGUGGAGGAUGGGAAAUACGGCGCGCAGGACGACAAGGGGCAGUGGAACGGCAUGAUCAAGGAGCUCAUCGAGCACAAAGCGGAUCUGGCUGUCGCCCCGCUCACCAUUACCCACGUUCGGGAGAAAGCCAUCGACUUCUCCAAGCCCUUCAUGACGCUGGGCGUCAGCAUUCUCUACCGCAAGCCCAACGGGACCAACCCCAGCGUGUUCUCCUUCCUCAACCCCCUGUCUCCCGACAUCUGGAUGUACAUCCUGCUGGCCUACCUGGGCGUCAGCUGCGUGCUCUUCGUUAUAGCCAGGUUCAGCCCCUACGAGUGGUACGACGCGCACCCCUGCAACCCGGGCUCUGACGUGGUGGAGAACAACUUCACCCUGCUCAACAGCUUCUGGUUCGGCAUGGGAGCACUGAUGCAGCAAGGCUCGGAGCUGAUGCCCAAGGCGCUAUCUACACGGAUCAUUGGUGGCAUAUGGUGGUUCUUCACCCUAAUUAUCAUCUCGUCCUACACGGCCAACCUCGCCGCCUUCCUGACGGUGGAGAGGAUGGAGUCCCCCAUCGACUCGGCAGAUGACUUGGCCAAGCAGACAAAAAUAGAGUAUGGAGCAGUGAAGGACGGAGCUACCAUGACCUUCUUCAAGAAAUCCAAAAUUUCCACCUUUGAAAAAAUGUGGGCUUUCAUGAGCAGCAAACCCACGGCACUCGUGAAAAAUAACGAGGAAGGAAUCCAGCGCACGCUGACGGCCGACUACGCGCUGCUCAUGGAGUCCACCACCAUCGAAUACAUCACGCAGAGGAACUGCAACCUGACGCAGAUCGGGGGGCUCAUCGACACCAAGGGCUAUGGGAUCGGCACUCCCAUGGGGUCGCCCUACAGGGACAAGAUCACCAUCGCCAUCCUGCAGCUGCAGGAGGAGGACAAGCUGCACGUGAUGAAGGAGAAGUGGUGGCGCGGCAACGGCUGCCCUGAGGAUGAGAGCAAGGAGGCCAGUGCCCUGGGCAUCCAGAAUAUCGGCGGCAUUUUCAUCGUGCUGGCCGCAGGCCUCGUGCUCUCUGUCCUCGUGGCCAUGGUCGAAUUCAUCUACAAGCUGCGCAAGACGGCCGAGCGGGAGCAGCGCUCCUUCUGCAGCGCCGUGGCCUCGGAGCUGCGCCUGGCGCUCACCUGCCAGCGGCGCGUCAAGCACAAGCCCCCGGCGCCCGUCAUGGUGAAGGCCGACGCCGUCAUCAACAUGCACACGUUCAACGACCGCCGCCUGCCCGGCAAGGACAGCAUGGCCUGCGGUACCGGCCUCGCGCCCGUCUUCCCCUAGGGAGCCACGCCGGGCGCUGGGGAAGGAACCGCUGCUGCCCGCGCUCCGCGUCGGGGGA